AUGUGGAACUAUGACGGUGAACUUGAUUAUGAGGAUAUUGUCAGUGCAGCAAGGAAUUUCAGCGAUGACUAUGUUAUUGGUACAGGAAGUCAUGGUAGCGUCUACAAAGUUGAACUCCCCACAGGUCAAAUAGUGGCAGUCAAGAAGUUCAAUCAACAGGGUAAUGAUACGUUGACAGACUUUGGCUUCAGAAAUGAGAUUAAAGCAUUGACAAAAGUUCGCCAUAGAAACAUAGUCAAGCUCUAUGGAUUCUGUAAGCAUCCUCAUUGGUCAUUCUUAGUGUAUGAAUAUUUAGAAAGGGGAAGCCUGGCAAACAUAUUAAGCAGCAAUGAAGAGGCUAAAGGAUUAGAUUGGGCAAAGAGGGUGAAUAUCAUAACUGGUGUUGCUGAUGCUUUGUCAUAUAUGCACCAUGAUCAUUCAAUUCCAAUAAUCCACCGCGACAUCUCCAGCAAGAACAUUUUGUUAUAUCCUGAUUUUGAUGCAUGUGUUUCUGAUUUUGGAACAGCAAGAUUACUAAACCCAAAUUCAUCCAAUUGGACUUGGUGCGUAGGAACGCACGGCUACAUGGCUCCAGAGUUGGCAUACACCAUGAGAGUGACAAAGAAGUGUGAUGUCUAUAGCUUUGGAGUCCUAGCUCUUGAAGUUCUAAUGGGAAGGCAUCCUGGGGAGCAACUAUCAUCUUUUGCUAUUCUCACAAAGCAAGAGAUGGAUGUAAAGCUCUGGGAUAUGUUGGACCAACGUAUAUCAGCUCCUGUGGGCCAAGAAGCAGAGAAAGUGCUUUUUGUAGCCAAACUUGCAAUCAUGUACUCAUGUCCAUCCAUUGAGGGUUUCCAAGAAAGAAAAACAUUGUUGGUUAUCUUCAUCACCCCUUUAGCAAAUGAUGCUUCUAUUGUCGGUGGUGUCAGCUCUGAGCGUACUUUCUUGCCACGCAAACAAGCCCAGGAAAUUCCCUUCUCAACCUCAAACCUCACUACCAUCCUUAAGAUGUUCUCCAUUGAAUUCCACUCUGCAUCUCUUACCAGGCAAACACUUGUUGAUUGCGAGAAACCUGCAGUUAAAGGAGAACUCGAGUACCAUGUAACGUCACUGGAAUCCAUGAUCGAUUUUGUUGUCGUGGAGUUCGGAACUAGUGAAAUUCAUGUGGCGAUCACUUCUGUUGUUAAUAGAGAGGAGGAGUUGAAGGCCAGGACUUACAGAGCAGGGGCUGGUGCUAGUGAGGGGAGGGUGAUGUCCCAUAAAAUGAUGACUUGCCACAAUAUGAUGUUUCCUUAUGUUGUGUUCUACCACAAUUUGGCAGGAGCAAGGGCAUACAUGGCUCCAUUGGUUUCUGAUAAUGGUAACCGAGUGAAUGCCAUUGCUAUGUGCCAUUUUGAUACAUCAAGAGAGAAUUCUGGGCAUGCCAGCUACCGGUUGCUGGUGUGA